AUAUUGUUAAAAGCUAACUUCUUUCUUAACUUUUUAAUUCAAGCUUCACCGACAGUGACAGCUACACCCAAGCCAGAAAAGAAGAAAUGUACAGAAAACUCCUGUGGAUCACAGCUGGCAGCGUGUGUGAAUCUCAAAGACAAGUAUGUUUGCCAGUGCAGUUUUGGAUUUUACUACAACGAAUUGGAAACAGAUUGUGAAGGAGGAAAAUCCUUUCCUGGAGGUUUCAACAUUAGCACUACCUUUGGUGUUAAUGUGGAAGACAAAACAUCAGAGAAUUAUACACAGCUUUAUGAUUAUGUGAUACAGAUUAAUAAAGAGGCACUUAUAGAUGAGUCGGAUUUCAAAGAAACAAUUGUGAAAGGCAUUAGACACACUGGAGGAAGUACAUAUAUUUCCAGGAGUGGAAGUGCACUGGAGGUGGACUUUAUAAAUAUGUUUUCAACAACAUUCGAAAAAGGACCAGACGUCGUGGACACAAAAAUUAUAAAUUACCUUAAGGAAGCACAAUUGCCAAAUAUUAUAUUUCGCAAUGUAACGUCCUGCGACGUUUAUGGCUGUGACAAACAAUCUUCAAAUUGUGCCCUAAAAGGCAACAGCCCAGUAUGUGAGUGCAAAGAGGACUAUAAGAAAAAUCAUCCUCUUGACGUGUCCUGUGUGAAACUGGAAGGAUCUGACACAAGUACUGUCUCCGACAAUACCAUGAGAGAUAUUCUUAUAGGAGUCAGUACUGUGGCAGGAGUUACUAUUAUUGGUUUGACUGCAGGACUUAUAGUUAUGGCAAUGAGGAAAAAACUCAAGGAUGAUAAACCUGCGUCGUUCUCCAUGAUGCCCACAUUCUCUGUGAAGAAUCACAGAGACUCAGAAGAUGGCAGUCAGAUGACUCAACGCCCACCUCCCUUCCCCAAGACGGUUUACAACCGCCAUCAUGACGACGAAGAAAACGAUGAUGACGAUGAUGGCAGUUAUGCAGGAAAGAUAAAAAAUCAGAGUUUCCCUCAAGAUCAGGGACGUAUACUGUCUGGAAAUGUUUACUCAUUUCCAAAGGCAUCUGUUCCCUCAAAACCAGGUGGCUCUCAGAAUUUUGGUUACAAACCUGCUGGCAACCCCUACAACAGCAGUGCCAACGACCGUGACCCCUACAACAGCAGCGCCAACGACUGUAACCCCUACAACAGCAGUGCCAACGACUGUAAGCCCUACAACAGCAGCGCCAAUGUCUGUAACCCCUACAACAGCAGUGCCAACGACUGUAAGCCCUACAACGGCAGGUCCAACGACCGUGACCCCUACAACAGCAGCGCCAAUGACUGUGACCCCUACAACAGGACAUCAACGAGGGGAGCUGCAGGGAAUGGUUAUGGCCAUAGAGGAUACAGAGCAGCUGUUCUGCAUAGAGGGAAACCUCAGCUGUGAUCAAAGAUUAGAUUUCUUCAACAGAAUCACAAAAGAGAAUUCUUCAUUGAAACAUGUUAUGGAAUAUGAGUGAUUCUGCUAGAAUAAUUCAUUAUAUGAAACUACUGCCAUAGACCUUGAGAUGAAAAAUUAGUCCUGAAGUAUAAGCUUUUUCAAAGAUGAUUGGGUAAAGUGUUACAAUCUGUUCUCUUUCUUGUUUCCAUGUGAGUGUUCUGUAAUUCAAGAUAACAAGAAAAACAAAAAACGUUUUCUGUAUGUGCAAAAUGUAGUGAUUGGGCAGCAACUUUGUACUAAGAGUAUUAUUUUAUUAUGGUAGCACAGCACAACUGAGAGCAAAGUGAAAAGAAAUGCUCCACUGAUUUAUUUUAUUGAUCUAGCUCUAGUUUAUUGCAAUAAUCGAUACCGUCCGUAAAAAAAUAGCUUCUCACAAUGAGAUGUUUGUUUGAGGUUAAUACUAAACUACUUUCAUAAAAUGAUAUAAAUAAAAAUAAUAUCUAUCUCA